UAUCAUCUCCUUCAUCAUCAGUGUCGAAGAGAUUUUAUUUCUCUUGGUUAUUCAAACCGCAAAAGUCAGCAGCUGCCAACCCGCACAAUUUAUCCGAGAAACAGAGGCUCAAGCACCAGCCGGCACUCCUCAUCUGAGUUCACUAGCUCGAAUCGUUGAUCGUCCGAUCUUAGCAUUCUCUUCAUCUAUGUCCCUACGUCAUCACGCUGGAAGAAACUUGGAAAGUCCCCCCAUAAUGAUUCAGUUUCACUCCGCAAGACCAGGGAUGGCCACAGGUCACUGGACCCUUUUAGAAAAUAAUGAUCCUGAAGGACUUUCAGAAGAAAUGACUCUCAACAACUGUCUCUUUAAUGUAGUUUGCGCUCAGACUGGCCGAAAACCGUCAACGCUACGCAAAAAGACAAUCAGAGAGAUGCGGAAGCAUAUUAAGAGUCUCGCCAGAAGGAUUCAAGCGAUGGUGAGGCAGGAAGAAUGUGAGGGUCGGGUGAUAUUGAUUGGUGGAGCUAGUUACGCAGGAACAUCGAACACUGAUGCUCAGAGAAUCAUUGAUGAUUCUCAGAGGGGAAGAUGCCAUCCGGGACAUCAGCAUGGACAUCCGAGAGGUCAUGCUUCGUACCCAGAGGCCACGGGAGCCACGGAGAGCGCGGAGAAUUAUUCGAGAAUAGGAGGACGGAAGACUGGCUUCCUAUCCCGGAAUGAUCAGGAUACUGUUGGGCAUAUGGCACUUCGAACUUCAGCUGCUCGAAGAGCAAUGGAAGCUCUUAACAGAGGAUCCGAGAAUCAAGCUGUGAGGCUCAAUCCGUCUGAAUUAGAUGGAUCUUUACCACGAGGGGCAGAGUUCAGAGAUGGGAAUAUGGAUAGUCCUCGGCCGAUAAAGCAACUAGUAUUGGUGCUCAGGCAUCACACGGGGCACGCACAUGAUCCUGGGUAUCCAGUUUUCGUCCAUACGUUUUACCCCGUGGUGACGUAAUUCUAAAAAAAAUUUCGAAAAAGUGGAAGGAUUGGAAAUUUUUAAAUGAUUAAUUCUGUCAAAAUCAUUGAAGACAAUCUUGAUUUUUUUUAUAUCAGGACAAAUGGGGAUAGUUCAACACAUAUUUGCAAAUUACUCCAUGAAUGUCUCCGGAAGGAAGAGGUCGUAUAAAAUACUAUAGUCGAAAAGCUACCUUUUACCCAUUACUUCUGAGCAUUCUACGAUAAAGGAAUAUUUUACCAGA